CUUUGGGCCAGUGAAUGAAGAGCACACACACAUCCAUGAUUGGACCUCUGUAGCGGAUUCGGCUUGUAAGGACGCGGUUGAGCAAGCGUAGAAAUAAAUAAAGAGCCCAAAAUAAACGCUGAUACGAGUUUCUGAUUCCCUACAACGGAGAGGAAUCCAAUUGACCUCAUUUAUUUACACUACAAAGAGGUGAUUUUUAUAGUGGAGUUGCGGUGAAGUUAGACUCCACUGUGGCACUCCAGUCUAAUUGUGUCUGUUUGAAGUAUGGCCGCUUAGAUAUCCUGCUCAGGAUGGGGCUGUAUUGUCGCACCUUUGUUCUGAUAAGGGCCCCUGCCCCCAUUGACUAAGUGCGAACGACUGGGAGGGCCGCGACGGUAUAAGAGGCCGCGGGAGUGUCAGGGGGACACUGUCUGUCCUCGGGUGACUCGUGCUGCUGCGCUGCUGUUUGUCACACGGACGUUUGGACUCAUGGAUUUCCUCCGCGCUUGUGUCCUCUGCGGCGUCUUCCUCGGCUGCGCCAACGCCUUUACGCACCAGGAUAUGAAGGACGCGCUGCUGCAGAAACUCGGCUUGGACGAAGUUCCAAAGAUCCAUAAGCGGGAUCUGGAGAAUCUGGUCGUUCCGGCGCAUAUAAAGAACAAGUACGCAUCCAUGCUGAAGAUGCACCAGAGCAGGAGACGCAGAUCUCUGCCCAGCCUGGCGGGCAUCCUCAGGGGAAUCCCCGGCAACGCAGAUAUUUCCGGGGAGUUUGUGUAUUCUGACACCACUCGGCAACGCAUGGUGUUCGAGAUGGAGUCGAGGAUCCCCGACAACAGCGAGGUGACCAUGGCGGAGCUGAAACUCUACCAGCGGGCUUCCCACCACAAGCGCUUCGCGGCGGACAGGAAGAACCACCGGCCCGUCCACAACGCUCGGGUCAGCAUCUACUGGGUGGAGGUGAUGCCCAACGGAUCCAACCGCACAUCGCUGGUGGACUCGCGGCUGAUCCCCGUUCACGAGACCGGCUGGAAGAGCUUUGAUGUGACACAGGCGUUGCACUAUUGGUCCAAGAGCCAGCAGAAGACACCUAUGCACAUGGAGGUGUGGAUCGAGGGCGAGAGACCCGGCAGCUACGCGGCAGAGGUCGCCAGGAGUGUCCGCUUUACCACCCAGGAGCAGACGGGCAACACCUUGGGGAGGCCCGAGCUCAUCCUCUACACACUCAACCUCGAAGAAUACGGUUCUCGCGGCGACUGCGACGUCCACCAGAGCAAGGACGCGUGCUGCAGGGAGCAGUACUUCAUCGACUUCCGCGCGCUCACCUGGACCCAGUACUGGAUCAUCGAGCCGGCCGGGUACCAGGCCUUCCGCUGCACCGGGGGCUGCAAGCAGCCCAAGCGCAACUACGGCUUCGGGGAGAGGCGGUGCACGCCGUCGGAGAGCGCCCCGUUACCCAUCAUGUACCUGGUGAAGAAGGGCGACUACACCGAGAUAGAAGUGGCCGAGUUCCCCAACAUGAUCGUGGAGAGGUGCGCGUGCACCAUGGACAACGUGUCCAUAGUGUGAGGGACUCCUGUGGCCGCAGACUGCAGGUGGAAAAGGAACAUGUGUGUUCCUCAGCAAUGCGUCUAGUACUUUCUAUUUAAAUGGACAUUUAUUGGAGGUUCCUCACACGCGACAUGGCAUCAAACUCCCGCUCCUCCCACAAGCACUUUUAUAUAUUUUGUACAUGUUUUAUAUCUUUUUUUUUGAAAUUCAAAUGUGUAUGAGUCGUCCUUCUGAUUCUGCCUCAUACGUUAUAUUUUUUUCAAGGUGUACAUAAUAUGGAUGAGUUUA